AAUAUUUCCCAUUCGGCGCCAGCGGUCAUGACGAUGUCGCUCCCGAAGUUGGGCAUGCGGAGCGAGCCGCGCGUCAAUGGAGGAGCGCCAUGACGGAGGAGUUUGACGACGAUGUCGUGUUUGAGAACUCGCCUCUUUUCCAAUACUUGCAAGACUUGGGACGCACGGACUUUGAGGCGUGCCCGACGGCGGCGCGGGAGGAUGACGGCGACCCGGGCGGUCCCCGGAAGACCGAGGGGCGAGUCACGCGGAUGCUGGCUGAAUCCUUGCGGAAGUGGAGCCCCUUUUGGAAGUCUCACACUCUGGAGCAGCAGCUGGACGGCGUGCUGGGAGAGCACUCGGUGCGCUGCAUCCUGGAGCAGGACGUUCUGCUACAGGAGGACGUGGAGCUGAUUGAGCUGCUGGACCCCGGCCUGCUGACGCUAGGCCCGGCUCCCGACGGAGCCCGUGCCCUGCCUCGACCCCGUCUUUUCGCCGCACCCUCGUCAUGGGAUUCGGCCGGUCUGGCCGGCUCGACGGCAGUUCUGCUGGGUCUCUUCUCGGCCUCCGGGGGCGCGUGGUCGUUGCCGACCGCCCUCUGGGUCCUGAUCACGCUGGGGUGGAGCGUCGCGCGUGCGGCGGCGCUGUGGAAGCGCGGCGGCGCUCAGCGGGCCGUCCACACGCGGGUCUCGCAGCUGCGCGCGCUCGUCCACGACAGCAAGACAUUGACGGGGAUGUCCCGCAAGGCGCUGCGUCUGGUGCAGGAGACGGAAGUCAUCUCCAGAGGUUUCACCCUGGUGAGCGCAGCCGCCAACUUUAGCAGGGCGGGGCCAGGGGGGGCGGCGGCGCGAGGCCAGCAGCUGACGGGACUGCGGAAGGCCCUUUACCGGGCCCUCCGCUCGGCCUUCAGAGCCUCGCGAAGGGCCACCUGUCACAUGCUCAAGGAAUAUCCUUUUACCUCAGAGGUCGACAACGUGACCAAUUAUGUUUCUGCGGUGCCCCUGAAGGAACUGGGCUUGGGCCUGGGCAUCGAACACCUAGGCGACGAGCAAGCCCAGGAGCUGACCGACGACUACAGCCUGCCGGCCCUCAAGGUGUUGUUCCAGCUGUGGCUGGGACAAAGCUCAGAGUGCUUCCGCAGGUUAGCCCUCCUGAUGUCGCCCCGCCGCCUGGAGGAGGAACGUAAGGGAGACCAAGAUUCUCCCCUUCCCGCACUGCAUCGCUCCAUCGCCGCCGUGACGGAGCCUCUUCAGCAAGCGCUGGCCGCCUGCCUGGAGGAGGUCCGGCGAAGCUACGAUUUCCACCGCCACUUCGAGACGCGGGCCGGGUCACGGGGCCGGGACGCCGGCGCCCGGGUCCGGGAGAAGUGCCGGGAGCUCAACGCCCUUCACGCUUCCGUCCGAAGCCUCCAGCUGCAUCUCAAAGCCCUUCUGAGCGAAAUGAUUAUCUUGGAGGACGACUUGGAGAAGCUGAUGGUAUCGAAGGAACCCCGCGAGCUGACCGCGGAGGGCUACCGGGACCUGAGCGACCGGUUGCAACAGCUCCAGCCUCACAUGCGAGCCAGCGCCGGGUGCUGGGACGACACCGUCGGACAGGUGGAGCGCAUGCUGAAGAGAGCCGACGAUCGUCCGGGUGACGCCGAAGGUGGGGAUUUGCGCGGGACCCCCACGUCCGAGAUGCCCCAUCCUCCUCCGUCCUAUCCUUUGAUUUUGGACAGAGAUCCCGUUCCGGAAGAACUGGAAUUGGAGGGCUACGUCUCCGAUUCGGACUCGGACGGCGAAGGCAAAGAAUCGCCGUGCGACACGCAGACGCCAGAGGAGCGGGAACGUCAGCGGCGCGAGCGGGAAGAGUCCCGCCGCGUCCUGUUCGAGCUCAAAUCGGUGCUGGGCUUCCGCGCGUCCGAGGGCGAGAGGAUGAAGAGAAAGCAGAUGCUCUUCAGUGACCGAGCCGCUUCCACUUGCUGUUCCGACGCCGUGACGGAUCCAUCCGCCGCGCCAGCCGCCUCAGCAGAAAAAGGCGACGACGACGGAAACCAGCUUUCGGAGGCAGGAAACGGACAGGAAGCGCGGGAAGGAAAAGACCAGCGGGUGAGGCCUGACCCCUCUGAGUUCAGUUGCGGUUUGGAGGCGGAGGAGGAAGCGGCGGGAACGUCGGUUUGCGCCCGAGGAGGAGGCGGCGCCUCCGAGUUGCACCAGUACGACGGCGAGGAGGAGGAGGAGGGACGGGACGGCUCCCUCGAAGCCAAAGUUCCCACUUUUUCCAUCAUGGACAGACUGACGGAGAUCCACGGCUCGCCGUCGCUCGGCUUUAGCUCGGCCGUGGCCAUGCAGGUGGCGGCGCGCUCGCACUCGCUGCCCAAGAUGAAGGAGCAGACGUUUGGAGAUGACGAGGAUGACGAGCACUGACGGUCUAAGCUCGUGGACGGUGUCGUAACAGAACCGCUCAAAUUAAUUUUGAGAGCAAAUUUAUUCUGUAGUGGGAUGACUAAAGAACCGUGUGAGACUCCAAAAAUAAAUAAGACCAGGCCGUUUUUGGGUAAAGAACAUCAUUUGUCCCUGGAGUGGCGCGAUCAGGUUGUCUGAUCCAAAGCUUCCAGAAAGAGAACGUUAUUUCGGCUGCCUCACGUGUUCAAUUUCACAUCACCAGUGUACGUGGACUCCAAGUGCUCGGAAUUGAAAUCGUUUCUCUCGAGUGAGAGACAAUCACUUACGGGACAGCCUUUCUUUGCCUCUGCUUGCCGUGUGGGGAGGUCUACAAAUCCCGUGUGCUUUUUCCAACGUGAAAUAAAACGCAGUUGAAAAAAAAAGGCCUAUUGUUUUUAAUAGUAUCCUGGGCUGCAAACACUGGGGCCAGACGGACAGGUUUGGUGGGUCACUUGAUUGUUUUUGUUGACUGGCCUACAACAGCCGGGGGCUUCACUACUAUUAACUUUGUUAUCACGACAGAAACCCGAUCAAGUGGAUGUACACACUCCUCACAUUUAGCAUAAAAAGAGACAUCCUACAAAAUUGUAAACGAUAUCCUAAAGUCACGAGCUUCCUGUC